GUUGCUGUCGGAAUUUCCUCUAAUAGAGAACGUCACACGUCACGCCAAAAGUGUGGUCCUGGACCACGAAGUAAGUAAACCAAGAUCUUCUCUAUCUCUCUCUUUCUCAUCUCUCUCUUUCAUGGCUGUUACUGGCUUCUCUCUCUGAUUUUCUCGAAGUUACACGAUGAGUCUCGUGGUUGGUCAGUCGCCGCGUUUAACUCUAACCGGCGACGGCGUUUCCUUACGCAAUUCGAGAAGAAACGGUGAAAAAUCCAAACUUUUCUUGGUGAAUCAAAGGAGAUCAACGCGUGCUGCUCUUGUUCAAGCUAAGCCCAGAGAAGACGGAGUGGUGGCAAGCUCUUCCCCCUCCUCAAAACCGCCGGUUAUCCAAUACCGACGAGCUGAUCUCGCGGAUGAUCUUCAAGCGGAGGCACGAGCCUUAAGUCGUGCCGUUGAUGCCUCUGUUUAUUCCCCGGAGCUAAUCGCCAAGAAACAUGGCUCUCAGCCUCUCAAGGCUUUGCGGAGAAGUCUGGAGAUAUUGUCAGCUUUAGCUGGCUUCGCGCUGAAGUUAGGGAUUGAUCAAAGGCAAGGGAAGCUAGAGGUGAACAUGAAGAAGAGAGCUGGUGAGCUCCGAAGGAUCUUCACUCGUCUGGGGCCCACUUUCGUUAAGUUGGGUCAAGGUUUAUCCACCCGACCCGACCUCUGUCCACCUGAUUACCUCGAAGAACUUGCUGAGCUUCAGGAUGCUUUGCCAACCUUCCCUGACGCAGAAGCCUUUGCUUGCAUCGAAAGAGAGUUAGACUCAUCUCUAGAAUCCAUCUUCUCCUCUGUAUCCCCUGAGCCGAUCGCAGCAGCUAGUCUCGGCCAGGUUUACAAAGCUCACCUCAGGUACUCAGGCCAAGUUGUCGCUGUCAAAGUCCAACGCCCCGGGAUCGAAGAAGCCAUCGGUCUCGACUUCUACCUCAUCAGAGGAGUUGGCAAACUCAUAAACAAGUACGCAGACUUCAUCACCACCGACGUCCUCGCCCUCAUCGACGAGUUCGCCUCCAGAGUCUACCAGGAGCUCAACUACGUCCAAGAAGCGCAGAACGCUAGGAGGUUCAAGAAGCUCUACGCUGAUAAAGCUGAUGUUCUUGUCCCUGACAUCUUCUGGGACUACACGAGCCGCAAGGUGCUGACGAUGGAGUGGGUCGAAGGAACUAAACUGAACGAGCAAGUUGCUAUCGAGAGCCAAGGCUUGAAGGUUCUUGAUCUCGUGAACACAGGGAUCCAGUGCAGCUUGAGACAGCUCUUGGAGUAUGGUUUCUUCCACGCUGAUCCUCACCCUGGUAAUCUCUUGGCGACGCCUGAUGGGAAGCUAGCCUUUCUAGACUUUGGUAUGAUGAGCGAGACGCCGGAGGAAGCUAGGUACGCUAUCAUAGGCCACGUUGUUCAUUUGGUCAACCGAGAUUACGAAGCCAUGGCGCGUGAUUACUACGCUUUGAAGUUCUUGUCCCCUGAUGUGGAUGUUACUCCCAUUGUCCCAGCUCUCAGAGACUUCUUUGACGAUGCGCUUACUUAUACCGUCAGCGAGCUCAACUUCAAAACGCUGGUUGAUGGUUUAGGUGCUGUCUUCUAUCAGUAUCCGUUUAACGUUCCGCCUUACUAUGCGUUGAUUCUGAGGUCGCUUACUGUGCUUGAAGGCUUGGCGCUCUACGCAGAUCCUAACUUCAAAGUGUUGGCUGCUUCUUACCCUUAUUUUGCUAAAAGGCUUCUCACUGAUCCGAACCCUUAUCUGAGAGAUGCUCUUAUUGAGCUUCUGUUUAAAGAUGGGAAGUUUAGGUGGAACAGACUUGAGAACCUUCUGCAACAGGGAAGUAAAGAUAGGGAUUUCUCGGCGAAAGAGGCUUUACAGCCUGUUUUGAAGCUGCUGCUUGAUCCAAACGGCGAAGAGCUUAGACUUUUGGUGAUUAAAGAAGCUGUGAGAGUCAGUGAAGCGAUUGCGUUAGGGACCGUUGUUGAUACGUAUAAUUCAAUGCCUGUGUUUUUGAGAUCUCUUGUCUUCAGUGGAAAUGGGAAUGGUCCUCUUGCGAUGAGUGCCGGGGAGAUGGAAAGCACGCUUGAGCUUCGGGACCAGGUCUCGAGAAUAUGGAGCCUUCUUCAGUCUUCGGAUAGCUUUGACCCAGCUAUUUUGCAGCCAAUAGUACAGGUGUUACAGCAACCGGAAGCAAGAAGACUUGGAGGACGUGUUGCAGGAGGUGUAGGGCAACGUCUUGCAGCUAGGUUUCUUCAACAGCUCCUUCGAGCCACAACCCCAUCUUCUUCAUCACCAAUCCCAUAGAUCAUAUUUUCUUGUCACCAAUGAAAGGAUAUAGAUUGUAUAUUAACCACAGAAUUGCUUCAUGUUAUAGUAACAUAGUAUCAUUCUUUCUCUU